UCAACCAUUGUGGUAUAUAGGGACGCACUGGUUCCAGCAAUCGUAGUCUACAAAAUGAAAGGUUUAGUUAUAUUCUGUCUCUUUCUAGCUGUUGUCGCGGCUUUGCCGUCGCCAGAUCAGCCACAGCCAUUUGAUGACGAUGACCAUCCGCAAUAUCAAAAUCGUAGAUACAUGCAAAGUCUUAGUAUAAAAUUUGCAGAUGACAAAGAUGCUGACGAAGGGCAAGAAGAUCGUAGACAACAGGACAGGAAAUCAUACCAGAGACAGGACUCGUACCACCUAGAUGACGAUGAUCAUGACGACGGCAAUGAUUAUCAAUCGUUGAGGUUAAACCAGCAACAACAGUCAUCACAAUUUAACUAUCUGGUUAAACAAGUGGACCAACUAUCAUCAAAAUAUCACGGUCGUGGUACUUUGAGAGUUUACUAUACCCCGGCGAAAUCAAAAAGCACUCCCGCCGUUCACUAUUUAGGGGCUCUUAACUUCCAAUACAUUAUGCCACUAGACAACAAAGAGGUAUAUUCACAAUAUCAACAAAAGGCAGACGGAAACUCCGUACAAGUUGUCCCAUUGUAUUAUCAAAAACACGAUGACAAAGGGACAAACGAAUAUGCGGCUUACCCGAUGGCACAAGCUAAUCCAAGCUACUAUUCUUAUCACAAACAUGGUGACAAUAAGGAUAAUGAUGACGUAUAUUCCCAAUAUCAAGAAAAGGCAAACGGAAACUCUCCGCAGAUCUACCCAUAUUAUCAACAAAAGAGGGAUUAUAAUAAAGGGGCAAACGAAUAUGCGGCUUACCCGAUGGCACAAGCUAAUCCAAGCUACUAUUCUUAUCACAAACAUGGUGACAAUAAGGAUAAUGAUGACGUAUAUUCCCAAUAUCAAGAAAAGGCAAACGGAAACUCUCCGCAGAUCUACCCAUAUUAUCAACAAAAGAGGGAUUAUAAUAAAGGGGCAAACGAAUAUGCGGCUUACCCGAUGGCACAAGCUAAUCCAAGCUACUAUUCUUAUCACAAACAUGGUGACAAUAAGGAUAAUGAUGACGUAUAUUCCCAAUAUCAAGAAAAGGCAAACGGAAACUCUCCGCAGAUCUACCCAUAUUAUCAACAAAAGAGGGAUUAUAAUAAAGGGGCAAACGAAUAUGCGGCUUACCCGAUGGCACAAGCUAAUCCAAGCUACUAUUCUUAUCACAAACAUGGUGACAAUAAGGAUAAUGAUGACGUAUAUUCCCAAUAUCAAGAAAAGGCAUACGGAAACUCUCCGCAAAUCUACCCAUAUUAUCAACAAAAGAGGGGUUAUAAUAAACUAUAUCAAAAUCAACAAAAAUCAGAUUAUGGGAACCAAAUUCAUCGGUACUUGAGAGAACUGCAAGAUGAUCGUUAUGACAAUGCUGAUAACGACGAUCAGUAAAUCACGAGAUGACUACUUAACUAUCUAAGAUGAACGAAAUGGGCUUUUAAACAGGAUAAGGGCUGUUUUUGAAUUACUCAAUUGUAUUAUACGCAAUAAAGAGCUUCGUUGCAGCAAAAA